AUGAACCAACAUACCAUUACAGAUAUAUCUAGUUCUUACGUAGUUAUUUGUCAAGGAAGAAUUCCAAUGAUCAUAUUCGUUCUUUUUUUUUUCCUUUCUUCAUUUACAGCUAUUGGAAAUGUUGAAGUUUUACGCGAGAUUUGAGAUCAACGAAGAAAGCGGCGAUCCUCUGACCGACCACGAUAUGACACAAUUGCACUACACUAAAAUCACUUCGCUUCAGAAAGCAGUUUUUGCGAAGUUCCCGGACUUACGAGGCUUUGCGUUGGCGAACGUGGCGAGCGUUGAUACAAGAGAGGCUCUUUACAAACAUUUCGGUUUGCUCAGCCAAGAGAAGCUAAGAUCGAUCGCAAGCUACCUGUGUUUGGUGCCAUCGGAAGAACGCGAGAAAGACGAAAAUUGGUACCGGUAUGACAUAGAGUUUCUUCGAGAACUUUUGAUUUCACGUCACGAGCGAAGAGCUUCUCAGUUAGAGGAGCUCAAUGAAAUGCCACUUUAUCCGACGGAGGAGAUCAUUUGGAACGAGAGCAUCGUGCCAACGGAAUAUUUUUCCGGCGAAGGUUGUUUAGCCUUGCCGAAAUUGAACCUCCAGUUUCUUACGUUGCACGACUAUUUAUUGAGAAAUUUCAAUCUAUUCCGGCUUGAAUCAACUUGCAAGCCGAAGAUGGUGGCGUUUACUUUGGGGGUUGGGCUAGAAUGGCUCAACCUAUUACACAAUUUGCUGUAGUCGAAGUAGCAAAACCUAAUAUCGGGGAGAAAAGACCAUCCAGAGUACGUGCCGAUGUUACGAUAAAUUUAAGUGUGCGUAAGGAGAUCAAGUCCGAAUGGGAAAAUCUCCGAAAACACGAUGUUUGUUUCCUUAUUACAGUUAAACCACAAAAUCCAAUUGGUACUAAAUACAGUCACAAAUUACCUUUUGUACCACAAGUUGGACUAACAACUGUUCGAGGAUGUGAAGUUGAAGGUAUGUUAGAUUCAAAUGGUAGAGUAAUCGAAGAUGGUCCUGAACCACGGCCGAUUUUACCUGGAGAUACUCGCACAUAUAGAGUUUGGCUAGAUUGUAAUCAAUAUAGAAUCGAUAUGGACAAUGCUAGUCACGGUGGUGAAGAUGUGUAUGAAAGUUUUAACAUCAUAAUGAGACGCAAACCCAAAGAGAACAACUUCAAAGCAGUUUUGGAAACGAUAAGAGAGCUUAUGAAUACAGAAUGCGUCGUACCCGAUUGGCUUCAUGAUAUAAUCCUUGGAUAUGGUGAUCCUGGAGCUGCUCGUUAUUCUAGAAUGCCAAAUGAAAUUGGUACAAUGGAUUUCAAUGACACAUUCCUCGAUAUAAAUCAUUUAAAAAGCAGCUUCCCUCAAUACGAGAUUAAAGUUUCUACUGAUAAUGAGUCAAAAUUAGUGCGCCCUUUCCGUUUAACAUUUGAAGAUGUGCUUGCAAAACAUAAUGAUGAACCAGUAAAGAAAGUCAUUAAAGUUGAACCUCACGUGCCACCCAGUAGAGGCCCUUAUAAAGCUAAUGAACCAAAAAAAAAUCAAAUUCCUUUUACACCAACGCAAAUUGAAGCCAUUCGUGCAGGUAUGCAACCAGGAUUAACGCUUGUCGUAGGUCCACCUGGUACUGGCAAGACGGAUGUUGCUGUUCAGAUUAUAUCAAAUCUUUAUCAUAAUUUUCCAAAUCAAAGGACUCUUAUCGUUACGCAUUCUAAUCAAGCGCUUAAUCAACUUUUUGAAAAAAUUAUGGCGCUUGACAUAGAUGAAAGACAUUUAUUGCGUCUUGGUCAUGGAGAAGAAGCACUAGAAACCGAGAAAGAUUUUAGUAGAUACGGUAGAGUUAAUUACGUUCUCGCUAAACGUUUGGAUCUUUUAAUGGAAGUUCAAAGAUUACAAGAAUCCUUAAAUGUAAAAGGUGAUGUGGCAUAUACGUGUGAGACAGCAGGGCACUUCUUUAUGUAUCAAAUACUAACAAGAUGGGAACGCUUUGAAACCAGAAUUAAACAAAGACAAGGAACAGCAAAUAAUGCACUUCUUGCUUUUAUCAUAGACGAAGAAUUUCCAUUUCAUAAAUUCUUUGAUAACGCACCGAAACCGCUGUUUAAACGGAAUUCUUAUGAAGAAGAUCUUGAAAUAGCCUGCAGUUGUUUCCGAUACAUAGAACGGAUAUUUGCUCAAUUAGAAGAAUUCAGAGCUUUCGAAUUGUUACGAUCCGGUUUAGAUAGAUCAAAAUAUUUAUUAGUCAAAGAAGCAAAAGUUAUUGCUAUGACUUGUACUCAUGCUGCUCUUAAGAGACGAGAACUAGUAGAUAUGGGAUUUAAAUACGACAACAUUCUUAUGGAAGAAUCUGCUCAAAUUUUAGAAAUUGAAACCUUCAUACCAUUGUUACUGCAGAAUCCUCAAGACGGAUAUAAUAGGUUGAAACGUUGGAUAAUGAUAGGAGAUCAUCAUCAACUACCACCAGUUAUUAAAAACAUGGCCUUUCAAAAAUACUCAAAUAUGGAACAAUCUCUUUUUGCAAGAUUCGUACGAUUGGGUGUUCCUACAGUUGAUCUUGAUGGCCAAGGCCGUGCAAGACCUAGUAUCUGCAAUCUAUAUAAUUGGCGUUACAAAAAAUUGGGUAAUCUUGUACACGUGGAAAACAGUCCAGAGUAUUUAGUGGCAAAUGCUGGAUUCUUAUAUGACUUUCAACUUAUCAACGUCGAAGAUUUCAAUGGAGUGGGUGAAAGUGAACCCAGUGCCUACUUUUAUCAAAAUCUCGCUGAAGCUGAAUAUUGCGUUGCCGUGUUUAUGUACAUGCGUCUUCUUGGUUAUCCGGCCGACAAAAUUAGUAUAUUAACAACUUAUAAUGGACAGAAGCAUUUAAUAAGAGAUGUGAUAAACAUAAGAUGUGCCAGCAAUCCUUUGAUAGGUCGACCAAAUAAAGUAACAACAGUUGAUAAAUAUCAAGGUCAACAAAACGAUUACAUAUUAUUGUCUCUUGUGAAAACUCGUGCUGUGGGUCACUUACGAGACGCACGACGACUAGUAGUUGCUAUGUCAAGAGCGCGUCUUGGCCUUUAUGUUUUUGCUAGAGUGUCUCUUUUUAAGAACUGUUUCGAAUUAACGCCUGCAUUUGCUCAGCUAAUGCAACGACCGUUAAAACUACAGCUUCUCCCUGAAGAGCAUUAUCCUACUGAAAGACUCAACGAUGCUAUUCCUUUCACUUCAUCAAUGGAAAUUGAAGAUAUGCCACAUAUGGCCAAAUUUGUCUAUGAUUACUACAUAGAAAAAGUUAGUGGUAUGAAAGAAUCACAAAAAGUGUGGCAGAAACCGGGUAUGGUACAAACACCUAACAGUCCAUCUUACAAAGUUCCUGCUCAUCCUGGAGCAGAUGAUGAUACAGAUGAUGAAGAAAUCAAUCAAAUAGAUGUUGAGCAAGAAAAUAUCAAAGAAGAAGAAAACAAAGAAUCAAAAUUUGAGCUGAUUAAAAAUUUAGUUGAGGAUCCAAUUUCGGAAAACGAGGACAAUGAUUGACAAACUAUAAAUGAGCUCUGAGUAAUAAUAAACAAAUAUUUUUACUGAAAAUAGGGUCUUUUUUUAUUAAAAUUAUAUUUAUUAUACAGUCAAAUGAAAUUACGAAUGUUAUAGAAAGAUUAGAAGAUAUUUGUUGUAAUAAUUAACGAAAAUUCGAUAACGAUAAAAACGAUAUUUAUUGUAAAUAAUAUCAUAUUCUGAUUUUUCUAUAUCUCAGUUCAUAUUUACUUCAAAAAUAUUUUAGAUAAAUAGAUCUAUGUUUCAUUUUGUUAAUAUUUCUUUUACCUCAACACGUGUUUUUCUGAAUGUAAUUUUUGAUGCUCGUCCAAUAACUUUUUCGAAUUUUCGUUAAUUAUUUCAACACUUGAUGGCACGUAACUAUCGUCAAAUUUCAUCGUCUUACUAGUAAAAUCUGGAUGAUAUUCUUCAACAGAUGUUUUAAUUCCCUUCGAAUUCGGAAUAUAUUCUUCAGAAUGAUUCGCAAUAGCUAUACCACUAGGUUCGUAUGUUUCAUAAGAUAUUUUUGAGAAAUUCACGGAAUUUGGAACAUAUCGAAUUACAUCUGCUACAUUCUUAUUAUUUGAUACCAUAGGAGAGUAUUCAUCCGAAAAUCCUUGGAUUUGUUCCAAUGUGCUCUUUCUACUUGGUAUAUAGUUCAAAUUCGCGCAUAACUUUUUCGUCACAGGAGCGUUUGGUACGUAUUCCUCCAACAUAUCAUUUUCUAAGCUGCCAGUUGCUAGACAUCUUUUAACUCUAUCAUUUUUUGUGUCAACCAAUUCUUUUGUUACUAAAUUAUUUUCUGAUUUUUUGGGUAAAGCAUUUUUUAUGUCUUCUUCCUGACACGCAUGAUUAAAAGUGUUCUUAGCUGGUUUCUCUAUUACUUGAUUCAAAAUUUCUUUUUUCUCUGUCGCUACCUUGGGUAAUUCUGACUUUUCAAAUCUCUUUUUUGCUGGAGAUACAUUCACCCUGAUUGUGGGUAACGAUGUGACAUCUUUUAUACUUUCUGAUGGUUCAAAUAUAUAUGUGACUUCCAGUCGCCGAGUGGAUUUCUUGCAUUUGCAUUUUUUAAAAUUCUGAAACGACCCUUCCGUCUGAACAUUACGUGAAAUUGCCUUCUCUAAAAUUUUAUAUAGUGCCACCCAGUCCUCGACCUCGAGCCAUUUGUUAGUUGAAACAUUUUUCUCUUUAAUUUUUAUCGUCUUCUCUUGAACAGUAACAACAACCGUAACUAAACAAUUAUUUGAAGCCUACGAACACAGCUUCUGUUUUACUUGUAUAGAAGCAAGAUCAUCUAUUGACAGCUGUUAACAGCUGUUAAGUGAGAUACCUUAAUUACUUCCAAAUAUUGACCAUCGCGAAACAUUCUUGCAAUAAAUUAUUCGAUUUUUUCUUUUUUUUGUAGAUUAGUCGCUCUUGCUAUUUCACGAGGUUUUUUGUUUUUAAUUCGAGUAAUUAUUAUCGAUGAUCUUUCUAACAUCACCGCCUGUUACUUCAACUCCAAUAUAAUGUUAACGUAAUACAUCUACAUCAGCUACGCAUGUCAGUACAUUAUGUAUGUUGAAAUACAUGAGUAAAGAAAUUACAAACAAUUAACAGAACUGUCAUUUAUUGAAGAUAAUUUCUAUAAAGAAGUGAUGUCGCACUUCAUCGAAAUUUAAUUUUGAAUUAAAUCCAUAUAAAUUAUUUAUUGCAUAUAUAUUAAAUUAGAUAUUAAAUUAGAUCGUCACUUAGUAUAAUAUAAAUCAUUAAUAUACUUUUCGUAAGAAAUUAAAUAAAUAUUUUUUUAUGUUAAAGUAACAUUCGUGAAAUAAAAACUUUUCUUGUAUCGACAGUCGAUAUUUGAACUAAGGAAUUUUCGUAAAAAUAACCGAUGAUUAAAUAUCUCAUUAAACACAUACACAUAUGUAUAUUCACAAUAAAAUAUUUUCACAUCAACGUAUUUCAGAUUGUUUGAAAGCCAACGGGAACAAUAAUGCCAGAGAAAGAGCCGACUAUCUUAGAAAGUUAUAUCAUUUUUAGUGAAACGAAUUCCCAGACGGUGAACUUUGCUAAAUUUAAAAAACCAUCCAGUAUACCAUCAAAUUUUUUACAUAAGAAAGUUCAACUUAAAGGUACUGUGGUGCGUAUAGAACCUAGUUGUGGUACAUUUUUAAUGGUUGAUCACAAGCCAUUAAUACCUUUGCCUCGAUUAAGUAAUUCAAAAUAUUUACCAAUUAAAAUAGCUGAUGUUGAUAUAAGAGCUAAUGGUAUUAGCUGGUUGCAAACGAUUGUUAGUGGAAAAGAAAUAACUUUUAUACCUUUAGUUAAAGAGAAAGACUAUGUAACUUGCUUAGUAUCUAUGAAGCAAGAUAAGGAACAUAUAAAAAUUGGCGAGGAAUUAACGAAAGUUGGUUUUGCUAUGGUAACAAAAGAUGUACUACAUGAUAAAAACAUCUUAAGUUAUCAUAAGCGUUUAUUGAAAGCACAAAAGUGGGCACAAAGUAAAAGAAAUGGAGACUGGCAUUUUAUUAAAAAUUCUACUCUAUUGUGGAGAAUACAACAGAAUUUGAAUAAUAAAUUGAAGUCAAUACUGCCUACAUUUAUAGUGCGGCAACUUAAUAUUUAAUUACAUUUUUUAACUUUCUCUUAAUUUUAAAUCUUAAUCUGAAUAAAGUUGAUAUACGUUUUAAUAUAUUAAAAAUAUUUAUUGUAGUAAUAAAUAGAUAGUAGUACUUAAAUAUAUGUACUUGAAAAUUUUGAAUAUUAAGUUUAUUUCUGAAGAAGCAAUUAUGGAAAUAAAAGACAAUUUACAAAAGGAGAAGUUUAUUUGUGUACCAAUUGUACAACCUUUUACCAAAUUCUAUAUAAAAUUAAGAAUAUUGUUUUAUAUCAUUAUAUUCAAAAUUAAUCUGUAUAUGUAAUACCCAGCCAAAGAUAAAUUAAAAUAUAUCUGCAAACAAAUCUUAUUUUCAUACAUGUAUUGUGUAUAAUAUUUGUAUACACUAAGUAGAAAAAUAUUUUAGAUCACAUACAAAAAUAGAAAUUAAAAAUUUAGUGGAAGAUUUACACAUACUAUUUUUAUAAUCACAAAAAAAUUUUAUGACAAAUUCAAUUAAAUUUUAUAAACAAAUGUGAUCUCUAAUAUAAAUUAUUUUAUUUAUAGUACGAUCACUUUAAUAAUCUUACUAUACAAUUUUCUCUGGAAUGUUAAUUAAUAUUAAAAGAAUAUAAACAUUUAUAACAAAAUGGAUUUUCUUCUUUUUGGACCUCAUCUUCAUUAUACAACUAAAUAAAAUUAUAAUUUAUAUACAUACAUAUGCAUAUAUUAAUAUAUAUGCAUGUGUUUGUAUUAAAUAUUAUAUUAUAUAUAUCAUAAUAUUAAAUGUUUUACAAAAACAACAUCAUUCUCAAUCUUAUGUACAGAUCUGAAAUCACUAAUAUUUUUUCUGCUUAUAUCAAUGUUAAUAUAUAAUAAAUGAAAAAAAUAUUUUUUAAAUAUCAUAUGUUCGAUGAACAUUGUUUGAAGAAUAUAAGUAAAAACUAAAUUUUAUAUCAAAGUAAAACUAUGAAAUACAUACGAAAUUUCGUAAAGUCUAACAAAUAAAUCAAUAUAUUUGAAAUAUGUAGAACUUACAUAUUUCAUCAACACGGAAUAAAGUAAUAUAGUGAACUUGGACUGACAACUUGUUCUGGUUUACUUUUUAGUCUUAUCUUCAUUUUCUUUUACAGGUUUAGAUUUUGUAAAUUGAACAUCUUUCUUAACGGAAUCGUCGGACUUUGUUUUUAGUCUUGCUUCAUUAAUUUGUUUUGAUGUUUCAGAUUUAACCUGUGAUUUAUCCUUAAUUUCCGUUGGAUUAUCUUUCUCAGUUUUCUUCAAAUUAUCUUUCUUAACUUCUUUUGUUGAUGCUUUAGGUAAUGAUGACGUUGGUUUUGAAGUUGUACUGGUAGUGGUAGAUUGUGAUGUAGGCUUAGAUGUUAUUGCAUCUGAGUUUAGUUUUUGCUUUGUUUGUGCUUUGACAGUUGAUUUUGAAGGCGGUUUUGUAGUAUCUUGUUUAAUAGUUGAUUUUAUAGGUUUUGCUUCUACUUUAACAUUUGGUGUUGCUGAAACUGUUAAAACCGGUUCCUUCUGUUUUUGUUCCUUUUCUGCUGAAAAUUUUGUAUUAAUUGUUAAAUCCGGAAAUGCUUGCUGUAAUGGGAUCCUCAUAAUAUAAUCAUUCCAAGGAGAACCAAGCCAUAAAUAUCCAUCAUUUAUAUGAGCGCUAGAAAUGCAACUAACAUCUCCAUUUUCCGAAUAUAAAAUAUUCAAAAUUUUUCCUGUUUUAUCCAUUCUAAGUAUCAGUGAAUCAGUUUUCAAUGUUAAAUAUUUUCCAACUUCAAACGAACCUACUGUAUGUAAAACUCUUUCUGAAUAAUAAUUUGGAUAAAUAUCUUGCAAUAAUUUAAAUGGACCUUCUAUUGAAUAAAUUAAUCUUGAUAUCAUCUUUCGUAUGUACGGAUGUGGUAUAAAAGACAGAGGUAAAACAGGAUGUUCAGAAUCUAUAGCGGAAAUAAGAGAUACUAAAAAUCCUCCUUGUCCAUCACUGUGUAUAUUAUCAGGUAGACCAGGUAAACCUUCUAUUAAGAUUUCUUGUUGUCCAGCUUUUGGACCUUUUAGAUUAUAUUUCAGAAUUUUUAAAUUAAGAGUGCUUCCUACAAUUACAAAGCUUUCAUCGUCACUUAACAAGACACCAUUUGCAAAUCCUAAAUUUUUUAUUAAUACUUCAUUCUUUUUUGUUGCUGCAUUAUAUCGAAUAAGUCUUCCUGAUGGAUUAGCAAAGAAUGAAUACAUUCCGUCAUGAAGAUAAAAAUCUGUAGAUGAAUCUGUCCAAUAAAUAUCUCCAUUCUUUGCAAUGUCUAAUGUAUUAAAGACUUUUGCAGUCUUUCCAUCAAUAGGUUCAGAACUAUUGACUAUAUUUACAUAUUGUCCUGUGUGAACAUUCACUUUAAAAAUACCAUAGUAAGCAUCAGCUACAAACAGUUCUUUCUUAUCGUUAAACUUCAAACCCAAGGGUCUACCGCAUUUCUCUUCCUGCCACAAACCAUCUCAUUUUCGUCCAAAUUUUACAAUCGGUUUAAUUCGAUUUUCCUCAAUUUUUACAACAUAACCCCCACGUAUGCCAGUAUAUAUUUCCCCGUUGAACGAUGCAAUAUCUUCUGGACCUUUAAUCUCUCCUGAGAAUAAUAUUUCAGGUUCUUGUAAUCGAGUUUUCGUUUCGUAUUUCAGUUGCACAUCCGAAGGGAACUUUAUGCUUGAAUCGGAAUAUUCUGCUUCCGGCGGUAAACCCGGUAAAAAGGUAAUGACAGUUAAGAAAAAACUAAUAUAUAUUAUCACGGUACCGAUAGACUUUAAGUACCCCAUUAUUCAAUCGGCUGUGAACAACUUGAAAAUACGAUAUACUACAGUAACGCCAGACUUUCUUCAACGUUUCUUCAUUGCAAUACUAGUUUUACUCAGAAAAAAGAAUCACUAUUUUUACGUUGCUGCCAGUGUAGAUAACGGUAUUCGCAAUUUUAAUGGCGGUGUGUACCGCAAUUUAUGCAUCUUUGACAAUGUCAGCAAAAGUAGGAUCAAAUAAAUGCCACGCGUACCGAAAGUACUUAACAAUUUCCGUUGAUCACAUGAUUUUAUUUCAUCGCCAACUCAGCAACUCUUAACGUAAUUUUAAAUACGUAACUUUAAAUUUAAAUAUUUUGUUACAAAUUAAUUCUUUGACUUUCAACAUUUUUAACUUUGAAUUAAUUAUUUAUACGAUAUGAUGUAUUAAUACUUUGUAUAACUUUU